AUGACGGCAGACUUGAGCAAUUUACCCGACUUUGACUCUCUUCCCGCUGUCGAGGGCAUGCCCAAGGGUUGCGCUUGGGGUGUAUUCGACAAGGACGGCGAAAAGGACACCCUCGGCUGCCUCAACCUGCUGACGCCGGAGCGCAUCCGGGCCGCGUACACGGAAGCCCGGGACGGCGUCUCCAUCUCGCUCAACGCCUCGCUGGACCUGAUCAAGGCGGCGGGCGGGCCGCGGGCCCCGACGACGCACCGCGUGCUCUCGUGGGCCGAGGACAUUGCGCCCGAGGCGUGCGCGGGCCUGGUCGUGCACGACGACGAGGUCAGCUUCAACACGCAGGCCAGCUCGCAGUGGGACGGCUUCUGCCACGUCGGCCACGCGCCCGCCGGCGGUCUGACGUAUAACGGCGCCGCCGCCAGCAAGCAGGCCCUGGCGGAUCCGGACCGGGCCCGCCGCCUCCCGGGCCUCGAGCACUGGCACGCGCGCGGCGGCGUAGUGGGCCGCGGCGUCUUGCUGGAUUACUAUGCGUAUGCGCAGGCCCGGGGUAUCACCUACGAUGCCAUGUCGAGACAUGUCAUCACGAUUGAGGAUCUCGAAAAGGUCGCCGCGGCCCAGGGCACGGAGCUGAGGACGGGCGAUGUCUUGCUCGUCCGGGCGGGUGUGGCCGAGGCUUUCGAGGGCCUCACGGGCGAGCAGCAGACCGAGUUGAUGGUCAAAGGCCAAGGCGCCAUGGUGGGUGUUGAGGGAAAUGAGCAAGCUGCCAAGUGGUUCUGGAACAAGCACUUCGCCGCUGUCGCCAGUGAUACAUUCGCCUUUGAGGUAUUUCCUCCACAGAAGCCCGAUGGAACUAUUGGGGGCUUUGGAGAUCUUGUGUUGCAUAAAUAUUUUCUAAACAUGUUUGGUCUGAAUAUUGGCGAGUUGUGGAACCUGAAAGCAUUAGGAGAACACUGCGCCAAGAUUGGUCGGUACUCAUUCCUGCUUACUUCAGUUCCUCUCAAUAUAUCGGGCCUCGUAGCAUCGCCGCCAAAUGCUCUGGCGUUAUUUUAA